AUGAGCCGGAUCCCGACCGCCGAGCUGAGCAGAUACCUGCUGGCAGGGCAGCUCACACGAAAUGGCUGUCUCUAUUCACAGAUUCCUCGAAUCCCCCCCGCCAGACAACUGCGUCGCCCUUCCACUGGUCAAACCCGAACGCUAAACACCCAAUCCGACCCGACGACGACGCCAACGACCCCGCAAAAUGCACCCACGCCGGCCAUAACCCCGCUGCGAAAGCAGCUAAAAGACCAGGCCAAGGCAGCGAAGGCUUCAGGGAAGAAAAAGAAGAAGAAAAAUGUGGACAACCAGACAGUGCCCGGGUGGGAUUUGACCGUCGGCAUCGAGAUCCAUGCGCAGCUCAACACUGCGCGCAAGCUGUUCUCGCCUGCGGCGUCCUCCGUCAACGACAAACCCAACAGUCAUGUCGCUCUGUUCGACGUCGCCAUGCCCGGCUCUCAGCCGCUGUUUCAGCCCGAGACCCUCAUUCCCGCCGUACGCGCCGCUUUGGCCCUCGGCUGCAACAUCCAGCCUGUGAGCCGGUUCGACCGCAAACAUUAUUUCCAUUGGGACCAGCCGUCGGGGUAUCAGAUCACGCAGUACUACCACCCGUUUGCGCGUGAUGGCUGUAUCUCUUUGCAGGCCCGAGACGGUAUCGCGGCGGAGGACGGCGAGGGGGUCGAGAUUGGCAUUCAGCAGGUACAGAUGGAGCAGGACACGGCGAAGACCAUGGCUCAGCCGGGUGGCGUGCACUGGCUCGACUUCAACCGUGUUGGUUUACCGCUGGUGGAGAUCAUAACUCGUCCGCAGAUCCAUCACCCUGCUACCGCGGUUGCCCUUGUGCGCAAGGUGCAAAUGCUGCUUCGGUCCGUUGACGCUUGCGUGUUGGGCAUGGAGGCUGGCGGGCUGCGCGCCGACAUCAACGUGUCAGUACGGCGGACCGGGGCAGAGGGUCUAGGCACCCGCACGGAAAUCAAGAACUUGAGCAGUUUCAAGGCUGUUGAAGACGCCAUCAUUGCCGAGCGUGAUCGCCAGAUUGCCGUGCUGGAGGCCGGUGGUGUGGUUGCGGGUGAGACACGCGGUUGGUCGCUUGGUAGCACCGAGACUCGGCGUCUUCGUGGCAAGGAAGGCGAAGUCGACUACCGUUACAUGCCGGAUCCGGAUCUGGCGCCCGUGGUCAUUGGCGAGGAUCUUGUUGCGCGGCUGGCUUCUUCCCUGGGGAUGCUCCCCGAUGCUGAGGUCGACCAGUUGAUUGACGAGUACGGUCUGAGCGCGAAGGACGCCAUAUCCCUGACUACAAUCGACAAUGGCUCACGCAUUGAGUACUUUUACCGUGUCCUCGACGCACUCGAACAACAGCUCGGGAUCAAGGCAGAUAUCGAAUCAACCGAUGAUGCCAAGCAGCGUCGCGCCCUCAUCGCGGCAAACUGGUGUCUCCACGAGCUGGGCAAGCUUGUCGAAACAGCCCCCGGCGUCGAAACGGCAGCUCUAUCCGGCGACGCUGAAACACUUGUCCCUUCCGCUGCGCUAGCCACCAUCCUCGCACACCUCCACUCCCGGCGUAUCACGACCAAAGUCGCCAAGGAGCUCUUCUGGCGCGCUUUCCGUCGUGAGAUCAGUGCCGACACGGUCACAACUGCCAUUGAUGACGACGGUUUAUGGUUCAAGGAGUUAUCACAAGAUGAAUAUGCGGCGCUCGCAGAUGAGGUGGUGCAGGGAGAGGAGAAGGUCCUGGGUGAGUUUGCUCGGUUUAAGCAGGGCAAGGCCAAGGCGUAUCCGCAGGGCAAGCUGAUGUUUUUGGUGGGGAAGAUGAUGAGGCAAGGCGGAGACCAACGGAUGGACCCGGCUGAGGCGGAGAGGGUGUUGAGGGCGAGGAUUGAGGAGGUGCAUCUUUCAGGUUUGGGUGAAUAA